AUGCUGGUGGGGCGCGUCCCGCGGCGGGGCAGCCCCGCGCCCCCCGCGCCGCCCCUCCGCAGCCGCCGCCGAGCCGCGAUGCCGGCGGCGGGGCGCGGGCAGCCCGCCUCCUGGCUGCUGGUGCUGGGCGCCGCCGCGCCCGCCCUCUGGCUGCGCUGCGUCCUCGCCGACUUCACGGUGGACAACGAGGUGCACUCCAGCUUCAUCCACCGGCGGCUGCGCGGCCCCGAGCGCCGCGAGAUGCAGCGGGAGAUCCUCUCCAUCCUCGGCCUGCCGCACCGCCCGCGGCCCCACCUCCACGGCAAGCACAACUCGGCCCCCAUGUUCAUGCUGGACCUUUACAAUGCCAUGUCCGUGGAGGAGGGGGCUGCGGGGGCCGCCGCUGAGGAGGGCGAGGGCUUCUCUUACCCCUACAAGCCCAUCUUCAGCACCCAGGGGCCGCCCCUGGCUAGCCUGCAGGACAGCAACUUCCUCACUGAGGCUGACAUGGUCAUGAGCUUCGUCAACUUGGUGGAGCAUGACAGAGAGUUUCACCAUCAGCGCUGCCACUACCGAGAGUUCAGGUUUGAUCUUUCCAGAAUCCCAGAGGGGGAAGCGGUGACGGCUGCUGAGUUCAGGAUAUACAAGGAUUACAUCCGCGAACGCUUCGAUAAUGAAACGUUCCAGAUUAGUGUCUACCAAGUACUCCAGGAGCACCAGGGAAGGGAUUCAGAUUUGUUCCUGCUCGAUUCUCGGACGAUCUGGGCUGCAGAAGAAGGGUGGCUGGUGUUCGACAUUACUGCAACCAGUAAUCACUGGGUGGUGAAUCCCCAGCACAACCUUGGCCUGCAGCUAUCCGUGGAAGGCAUUGAUGGGCAAAGCAUCAAUCCCAAACUGGCGGGUCUUAUUGGAAGGCAUGGCCCACAGAACAAGCAGCCGUUCACAGUAGCCUUCUUCAAAGCCACCGAGGUCCAUCUCCGCAGUAUUCGCUCCACAGGAGGGAAGCAAAGGAGCCAGAAUCGAUCAAAACCACCAAAGAACCAGGAAGCUUUCCGGGUGUCAAACAUGGCAGCAGAGAACAGCAGCAGCGACCAGCGACAAGCCUGCAAGAAACAUGAGCUCUACGUCAGCUUCAGGGACCUAGGGUGGCAGGACUGGAUCAUCGCUCCGGAGGGCUAUGCUGCAUAUUACUGUGAAGGAGAAUGUGCUUUCCCGCUGAAUUCAUACAUGAAUGCUACAAAUCAUGCCAUUGUACAGACACUGGUUCACUUUAUAAACCCAGAGACUGUGCCGAAACCCUGCUGUGCUCCUACACAACUCAAUGCCAUCUCCGUGCUCUAUUUUGAUGACAGCUCCAAUGUUAUCUUAAAAAAAUACAGGAACAUGGUGGUGCGAGCCUGUGGCUGUCAUUAGAUUUGUAGGAAAGAAAAACAGGAAAAACAAAAAGAAAAAAACAAGUUAUUUGUAAAGAGUGGUUUUGUAUGGCUGUGUGGGGGAGGGGAAAAGGUUAGCACUCCAGCAAUGGGUUUAUAAAAAUCCCAAACAGUUUUUAGGACCAGGCUUCUGAAAGUUCAGACAAUGGAACGGUUUCUGGAUCUUAAGUGGCAUUUGAACACAUUUUGUUUGAGUUUAUGACAGACAAUGAGCUUGUAAACUGAAACAAGCCAGAGAAACCAUUUAAAACCAAAUCUGCCUACAAAAUUGGCUCCUGCAAGACAUACUUCUGCAAAUGAGUCUUUCUGAAGAUUGCAAACUCACCAGUGUUGAUUGCAAGUUAAAUCACAAUAAUCUGUCCAAGGUGAGAAUGUGCUGUGACUAAUAAGCGUGUGUAGUUCCUGUAUCACAGUUUGCAAUAAAAUAAGUGAACAAAAUA